UUAGAAUACCCAUCGCCAAGUCAUGUCCUGUUUUCCAUGUCCUGUUUUUCCAUAAACGUACCCUCCGUCAUACAUUCAGUUCAGUACUGUGCUAAAGUAACUAAAAACCCGGAUAAGAGUUGCGGUGUUUCGGUUGAUAGCGUACGAAUAUAGGCCUGUAUAUAGCUAUACAAAUGCACGUUUACGACUAAAUGACGCAUGACGCUUUAACUAUAGCCUACUUCAGUCAAGAUGGCGAGAAAGGUGGCCUUAAAAUCUUAACAAGUUACAGUUUUCCUACAGUUUUACGAUGGAAUUCUACAGAUGUCUGCUGGUCGCCUGUCUGCUAUCGGCACAUUGUGCUCUAACACAAGGUAAAGUCAGUGACGCCUGUCACGGGUCGUCAAACCUCAACCAAACUUACAACGUCUUGAAGUGCGAGGCCGGCACUCAGAUUUGUAUCACCGAGGUCAGAGUCUACACCAAGCAAGGCUGUCAACCUGUACAAUAUUUUACUCCCGCACCUCCAGAAUGUUGUCGCCAUGACCCUAACGAAUGCAGUGAGGUCAUCAGUUCUCCAGGCUUACAAAAUAUCUGUGAUGGACGUAACCAAUGCAGGGUGCAGUCGCCGUCUUCAAAAGUCAUCAUAACCCCGUGUCCUAGAGGCUUCAAUAUACAGAGUAGUGUCCGAUCAGUUACUUACAGGUGCAGUUCUAGUGGAUCGUGUUCAGAAACUGAUUCAAACACUACAACAACAACAAGAUCACCAAAUGGGAGUUCAACAACGAUUGUGCCACCGAAAGAGAGCCCCGAGAACAAACCUGCUGGCAAAAUUAGUGACGCCUGUCACGGGUCGUCAAGCCUCAACCAAACUUACAACGUCUUGAAGUGCGAGGCCGGCUCUCAGAUUUGCAUCACCGAGGUCAGAGUCUACACCAAGCAAGGAUGUCAACCUGUACAAUAUUUUACUCCCGCACUCCCAGAAUGUUGUCGCCAUGACCCUAACGAAUGCAGUGAGGUCAUCAGUUCUCCAGGCUUACAAAAUAUCUGUGAUGGACGUAACCAAUGCAGGGUGCAGUCGCCGUCUUCAAAAGUCAUCAUAACCCCGUGUCCUAGAGGCUUCAAUAUACAGAGCAGUGUCCGAUCAAUUAGUUACAGGUGCAGUUCUAGUGAAACUGCUUCAGAGACUACAACGACAACAACAACAACAAGAUCACCGAACAGGAGUUCAACAACGAUUGCGGCACCAAAAGAAACCCCCAGGAAUAACCCCGCUGAUAAGGCAACAACUACAACACAAUCAAAUGGUUCAGGUUCAGAAACUAAGCCAGUGACGAUAACAACAGCGUCGCCCAGUAAGAAUUCAGCAACGAUUACGUCAUCGACAGAGACAAGCGGGAACAGGCCUGCUGAUACGUCAUCCGCUACAACACAAGUGAAUGAUCCCCCCCUUUCCAAUACUCCCGUGGACUAUACCGGUGUUAUUAUUGGGUGUGUUGUGGCAGGCAUUGUCUUAGUAAUCGGCAUAGUUGCAUUCAUUUUUCUGAGUCGUCGGUGGAAAGCCAAACCACGGGAAAAUGCCCAACGCGGAGAUCACCCAACUUAUCUUAGUCCAUCUAAUCCAUCCACCCCAGCCAAUGCUCUAACGAACGACCCGUACCCUAACCUGCCAAUCGCCCCUUCUGCUCCACCUCCAAACAGAGGCUCGUACCUUUCCUUACACUGUCAGCCAAACAACACUUCAUAUAUUAAUUUGAAUCAAGAUGGUGGGUAUAUGGCACCCCAAGCUAAUAUGUCUUUCGCGGGCGAUAUCUCAAUGAAUGAAGACCCUGAAUAUGUGGAGGCAUUUUGAAAUGAUGCGAGAUGAGUGUGAAUCGGUGAGGUGGAAAUUUCUCACACAAAAAAGUGUAAGCAUAAACUUUUCACCGAGUCCCCUAGUAUAGUGAGAACUGGGCAAUACCUCUGUUCAAAACAAAGUUUAAAGGCGCACUUUGUGUGUCAAAGAGAUUCAAAACUCAUAAAAUGUUACAAAAUCGCAAUCUGCUAAAUCUCUACAUCUAUUGCACAGCAAACCAGAAUUUGACUUGAGUGUUUUUUGUCACUCUUUCGCUUUGGCCAUGGCGGACGUGUCUGGGACCUCGAGACAGACAUAUAAACAGUUGAGCUGUAACCAUUGUAACGACACUUUCGUCGAACUUUAUCGACAUUAUUGGAGACUAAAUUUUCAUUUACAAACUGAUCACACUCAACAGAAACUGAACACCAUGCCAUCGGCUUCAGUGUCAUCUACUAUCUCUGCGAAAACACUGCAUCGAUCUCUGAUUAAGCCUUACAUAUGAAUUAAUUGUUUAUGCAAGCAUAUAGCAAAAAUAUAACAAGGACAUUUUCGAAGUCAUUGUGCAGACGAUAUAAGUCAUAGAGCACAUAAGAUGGAACAUGUAUCACUCUCCGACAAAAACUUAAAUGACAAAAAAAAAAAAUGCCAAGAGCUACGCCAACCAUAGGCCUAUGCCUCUAGCUCAUCCACGCUUCCUCUCCGGUCGUGCGUGGAAAGUUACGUCUGGCAUCAACAUACGGAUGAUCGUAGGUUUUCCCCAGGCUCUUCCCUGGUUUCCAGCCACCUCAGUGGUGGUCGCCGCCAUAUAAGUGAAAUAUUCUUAAGGCAUAAAACAUCAAGCAAACAAAUAAAUAGAGCAUGCAACUUCAUUCUGAAUAACUGAAAGCGUCAACUCAGGCACUGUGGUCAUGGAAAA